AUGAAUACACCUCCUGUUAAUACACCUGGUCCUCUGUUCGGCCUGGCUAUCCCCGGAAGACCUCUCAUUACUGAGUUUGUUCAAGACACUGAAACGAGCUGGCAUGUAGAUGUGCCCAACCCUGGUAGUAUAUCAUCCUUCUCGGUAUUCCUUCUCCGACCUAUACCCUCUGAUGCUGUAGGUUUGGGAGUCUACUAUACUGCAACCACAGAUGGUGCUGCUUUCGUUGGUGCCUUGUCAAACGCAAAGCCUACCGAUAUCUUCUCGCCAGGCUGGCCGCUGAACCCUGAUAUCGCUAGCAUGCCAGCAGUCCGCAUUGGUUUAGCCUUCGAGCCUUCUGAGACUCUUUUGCCGAAGAUGAGUACAGCGGGCGAGUCUACUGAUUUCAAGAGAGAGUUCGCCAGGAAAGUUGCUUUGAACCUCUUCCGGUACAUUGAGUCGUUCAACACGAGCGGCGGCGGCGAUGCUCGGUUUAUGAGAUGCCCUCAGGAUUUGCUGGAUAGAUGGUUGCAGCGAUUUGACGAUAAAUAUAACAAAGACCCGAUGUUUGUGUUCAAGACGACUUGA